CCCUCUCUUCACUUCACCCUCUCUCUUCCUGAGCUCACUCUGUCGUUGGCGUUCGCGUUGACUGGCCAGAGUCCGCGAGCUGAACACCCUUUUCUUUAUUUGAUCUGCAACCCUGCUCUCUCCCUCCAUCUCCCUCCACAGCUAUUCAUCCUCUCGUCUCUGUCUAGCCCUCAGGAUUCAACUGCAGUCUCCCAGUACUCAGCGACUGGUUCCUCACAUCACUUCCUCGUCUGCUUCUAACACCUGAUUGGCCAUGGCGUACCAUAGCUUCCUGCUGGAACCAAUUAGCUGCCAUGCUUGGAACAAAGACCGUACCCAGAUCGCCCUGUGUCCCAACAACCAUGAUGUUCACAUCUACAAAAAAGAUGGGACUAAAUGGACCAAGAUCCAUGAGCUUAAGGAACACAAUGGGCAGGUGACAGGUAUUGACUGGGCUCCAGAGAGUAACCGUAUAGUGACAUGUGGUGCGGACCGUAACGCCUAUGUGUGGACCCAAAAAGAGGGGGUGUGGAAGCCCACCCUGGUCAUCCUCAGGAUCAACCGGGCAGCGCGAUGUGUGAAAUGGUCGCCACGAGAGAACAAGUUUGCUGUAGGCAGUGGGUCCCGUCUCAUUUCCAUCUGCUACUUUGAGCAAGAAAAUGACUGGUGGGUCUGCAAACACAUCAAGAAGCCGAUCCGCUCCACCAUCCUCAGUCUGGACUGGCAUCCCAACAAUGUCCUGUUGGCUGCUGGCUCCUGUGACUUCAAAUGCAGGGUGUUCUCAGCCUACAUAAAGGAGGUGGAGGAGAAGCCUGGCCCGACUCCUUGGGGCAGCAAAAUGCCAUUUGGGGAGAUGCUGUUUGAGUCAGGAGGAUCCGGUACAGGGCCGGCGAGUCAAGCUGCAGCGGGAGGCGGUGGCUGGGUGCACAGUGUGUGUUUUUCACACUCAGGAAACCGUCUGGCCUGGACAUCUCACGAUUCAACUGUAGCUGUCGCAGAGGGAGGCAAGACAUGCUCGGUCAGCAGUCUGAGCUCUGAAACGCUUCCUCUGCUGUGUGUCACCUUCAUUACUGAGAACAGCAUAGUGGCAGCUGGCCACGACUGUUACCCGGUGCUGUUUGUGUAUGACAGUGCCAAGGGCAGCGUGGCAUUUGGGGGCAAGCUGGACGUUCCUAAGCAGGCGGCCCAGAAGGGCAUCAGUGCCAGGGAACGUUUCCAGAACUUAGACCGUCGGGCCUCAGCCACCCAGACCUCUGACCAGGACCUGACCACCCUGCAUAAGAACAGCAUCAGCCAAAUCUCAGUACUGGAUGGAGGACGGAGCAACUGUGCCAAGUUCUGCACCACCGGCAUGGAUGGAGGAAUGGUCAUCUGGGAUGUCAAGACUCUGGAGUCUGCCAUGAAGGAUUUGAAGAUAGUCUGAACCUGAUGUUGUUUACAUUACCCAGCACCGCUUCUGGAGAUAUGAAGAAAACAGCUGCCUCCAUAAUUAAGCAAAGCUUUUUGGCAUUUUUUUUUUUAAAUCAGAUAU